AUGUUUCACUUAAUUAAGAAAGACAAGGAGGAGAAAGAGAAGAACAAGGACUUGGGGAAGAGGGAUAGGAAAGAUAAAAAAAAAAAGGAGCGCAUGUCCCAGGCAGAGCUGAAAAGCCUGGAAGAGAUGAGCAUACGCAGAGGGUUUUUCCAUCUUCAGAAAGGGAGUUUGAAAAGAGACGCCAGGGGCAGGUUGGAGAUUUCUAAUCCAAUCCCAAUUAAGGUGGUCAGCAGCACUGAGCUCAGCCUCACAGACUUGGAGGUUCAGCAUUCCAACAACUGCAACAUCCUGGGACAGGAUCUGAGGCAAAUACGUACAAGUGAUACUGGGGAGGAUGCAAAGAAGAAUGAACGAGAGCAUCAUCGCAGCUCUGUAAAGGAGAGGGCUGCUAAGUUUGGGGAACUGGCUAAGUUAAAUUCUGUGGUAGUUCAGAGACCUGUGUCUUUUUCCCAGAGGAGCAAAGAGCAUAACCCUUCAGAUGCGCCAAAUCUUUCUGGACAGAGCGGUAACACAUCUUCUGUCUGUAACUCACAGGGCAGCAAAAUGGUUUAUAUUCCAGAAAUGAUGGAGAAGACUUACCCCGAUGCAGACCUGCAAUUACCUGUUCUUGCUUCACCUCCAACAGCGGAUGCAAGGGAACUGGAGCUGCAGCGGCGCAACACCAGGGAUUUUGGGUUCUCGUUACGCAGGUCCACAAUGUUGGACAGGCAGCCUGAUGGAGCGGUGUGUCGGCGCGUGGUGCACUUUGCAGAACCGGGUGCUGGCCCCAAUGACAGGGCUAUGGGCCUGGUGCCUGGAGACAGGCUGAUGGAGAUCAAUGGUAUCAGCGUGGAGAACAAAAACAGGGACGAGAUUGUGGAGAUGAUCCGUCAGUCUGGAGAGUCGGUCCGGUUGAAGGUGCAGCCCAUUUUAGAGCUGAGUGAGUUGAAUCGCUGCUGGCUGAGGAUGACUCAGAGCCUUCAAAAGGAAGACUCUGAUGGGAAGACUGAUGAGCAGAUUACAGCACAGAGAGCCUGGUACACCACAGAAAAAGUAUGGCUUGUCCACAAGGAUGGAUUUUCUUUGGCGACGCUACUGAAGACAGACGCCAGCAGUCUGCCAGAGGGGAAGGUGAAAAUCCACCUGGAGAGUGAUGGAUCACUGUUAGACGUGGAUGAAGAUGAUGUUGAAAAGGCAAACCCUCCGAUGUUUGACCGAGUGGAGGAUAUUGCCUCACUGCAGUACUUGAAUGAGUCAAGUGUGAUGCACUCCCUGCGGCAGCGGUAUGGCAGUAACCUUGUGCACACCCAUGCCGGGCCCAACAUGGUGGUCAUUAACCCUGUUAGUGCACCUUCAAUGUACUCGGAGAAGGUGAUGCACAUGUUUAAAGGCUGCAGGAGGGAGGACACCGCUCCACAUAUUUACAGUGUGGCCCAGUCGGCCUACAGGAACCUCCUCACCACGCGCCAGGAUCAGUCUGUUGUCCUGCUGGGUAAGAGCGGCAGUGGCAAGACUACCAACUGUCAACACAUCAUCCACUACCUGGUCACUAUCGCCGGCAGCACCAGCAAAACCUUCUCCACAGAGAAAUGGCAAGCAGUCUACACAGUUUUGGAAGCAUUUGGGAAUGCUUCUACCUGUAUGAACGGGAAUGCGAGUCGUUUCUCUCAUGUGGUCUCUUUGGACUUUGACCAGGCUGGCCUGGUGACCUCAGCUUCUAUCCAGACCAUGCUGUUGGAGAAGAUGAGGGUGGCAAGAAGACCAGAGGGCGAGUCCACAUUUAAUGUCUUUUACUACCUGAUGGCUGGAGUCGACACUUCUCUAAGAACGGAGCUGCACCUCAACCACUUUGCAGAAAACAGUGCAUUUGGAAUCAUGCCACCAAACAAGAGUGAGGACAGACAGCGGGCGUCCCAGCAGUUUUCCAAGCUGCAAGCAGCCAUGAAGGUGCUGGGGAUCAGCGCUGAUGAGCAGAGGGCUUUCUGGCUCGUUCUUGGCGCCAUCUAUCAUCUUGGAGCAGCAGGAGCCACCAAAGCUGGCAGGAAACAAUUUGCACGUCAUGAGUGGGCCCAGAAGGCAGCGUACCUGCUGGGCUGCACCCUGGAGGAACUCUCCUCCUCCAUCUUCAAGCACUGGGCCAAGGGCACCCUGCCCAGAACCAGCAGCAUCUGCCAGGCCUCUGACGAAAAUGGAUCAGCAGAUGCAGGGUCCAAGACUACACCUCUGGAGUGCUUAGAGGCCAUGGCCUCUGGACUUUACUCGGAGCUCUUCACUGUCCUCGUCUCUGUAAUCAACCGGGCCUUGAAAUCCAGCCAACACUCUCUGUGCUCUCUGCACAUCGUGGACACACCGGGCUUCCAAAACCCAAGGCUCGCUAAGCGUGAGUGCGGCGCAACUUUCGAGGACCUUUGCCACAACUAUGCUCAAGAACGUCUGCAGGCGGUCUUUUAUCAGCGUACCUUCGUUCAGGAGCUAGACAGAUACAAGGAGGAGAACAUAGAGCUGGAUUUGGACGACACAGAGCCCAGCAUGUCUCUGUCCAUAGCAGUGGUAGAACAAGCCUCAAGCCAAGCACUGGUGCGGACACUCCGAACAGACGAGGCUCGAGGCCUUCUGUGGCUGAUGGAGGAGGAGGCGCUGCAACCUGGGGGUUCAGAGGAGACACUAUUGGGACGCCUCUUCAGCUAUUAUGGACCUGCUGAGGGAGAAAGUAAAGGUCACACUUUCCUCCUAAAGAGUGAGAAGGAUAAUCAUUUCCUGCUGGGUCACAGUCAUGGGACUGACUGGGUGGAGUAUAGUGCCCGUGGGUGGUUGAACUACGCCAAGCAGAAUCCUGCCUCCACCAAUGCUGCGAGCCUUCUGCGGGACUCCCAGAAGAAGAUCAUCAGCUCGCUGUUCACGAGCCGAGCGGGUGGAGCCACAGUUUUGUCCAGUUCCAUCGCUGGUGCAGAAAGUGCAUCUCAGCUAUCCUUGAGACGGGCCACAAGCAUGAGGAAAACCUUUGGAACAGGGGUGGCUGCGGUUAAGAAGAAAUCCCAGUGUAUCCAGAUCAAACUCCAAGUGGAUGCACUUCUUGACAUGGUGCGACGGUCCAGGAUUCACUUUGUUCACUGCAUAUUGCCAAAGGCAGAUGCCCUCAAGGCUCUGAGUGGAUCUCUGUUUAAAGAAGGAGAAUGUGAUGCUCAGGGGGAGAGUGGAGAUCCCACUUUAAUGCAGCUCGAUGUAGCCUUGCUCCGUGCUCAGCUCCGUGGCUCCAAGUUGCUGGAUGCUCUCCGGAUUUACCGACAAGGCUACCCCGAUCACAUGGUCUUCUCUGAGUUUCGUCGGCGCUUUGAUGUGCUGGCGCCGCACCUCACCAAGAAGCAUGGAAGGAAUUACAUAGUGAAGGACGAGAAGAGAGCUGUAGAGGAGCUUUUGGAGUCCUUGGACCUGGAGAAGAGCAGCUACCACAUGGGUCUAAGCAGGUUGUUCUUCAGGGCCGGUACCUUGGUGAAGCUUGAGGAACAGCGAGAUGAGCAGACCAAAUGUAAUCUAACCCUCUUCCAGGCUGCGUGCAGAGGCUAUCUGGCAAAGCAGGCUUUCAAGAAAAGAAAGGUUCAGGAUCUGGCCAUCCGUUGCAUCCAGAAAAACAUUAAAAAGAACAGUGGUGUGAAGGACUGGCCGUGGUGGAAGCUUUUCACCACAGUCCAACCUCUCAUCAAGGUCCAGCUCAGUGAGGAACAGAUGCGAGCCAAAGAUGAAGAGAUACAGCAGCAGAAAUCGAAGCUGGAGAAAGUGGAGAAAGAGCGAAUUGAGCUGAGGCUAAACACGGAUCGAUUGGAAAGCAGGAUCACAGACUUGCUUGGAGAACUCGCUGAUGAGAGAAGUAUGAGUGAGUCGGCAUCCCAGUUACUGGAGACUGAGACUUCAGAGAGACUCCGCCUGGAGAGGGACAUGAAGGAUUUGCAGGUUAAGUUCGACGCUAUGAAGAAACAAUUAGAAUCCCAGGAGGUGGAGGUGAUGGAAGCUCGGCUGAUGAAAACGUCAGAGCUCAACGGAGAGAUGGACGAUGAUGACGAUGCUGGAGGUGAGUGGCGGCUCAAAUACAAUCAAGCCAUGCGCGAGAUGGAGUUCAGCAAAAAGAAGCUCCAGCAGGAGUUUGAUGAUAAGUUGGAGACAGAGCAGCAGAGCAAGAAACUGUUCGACAGAAAGCUGACUGACCUACAGACGGACAACGAGGACCUGCAGCGAGCCGUGCAGCAGCUGAAGAAGAAGUGCCAGAGACUGACAGCAGAGCUGCAGGACACCAAACUCCAUCUGGAGGGCUUACAUGGCCGCAACCACGACCUGGAGAAGAAACAGAGGAAAUUUGACCUGGAGCAGAACCAGGCUCAGGCUGACGUACAAAGAGAGAGGAGCCAGAGGGAGAAGCUGGCCAGAGAGAAAGACUUAAUGAUUGGUGAGAUGUUUAACCUCCGUCAGCAGCUGCAGGACAAGGAUGCUGAACUGUGUGCAGCAAAUGCAAAGGUGCAGCAACUGGAAGUGGAGCUACAGGACCUCUCCUCUCAGGAGUCCAAGGAUGAAGCCUCACUGGUGAAGAUCAAGAAGAUGCUUCGUGACCUUGAGGCCAAGGUGAAAGACCAGGAAGAAGAGCUGGAUGACCAGGCUGGAACCAUACAGAUGCUAGAGCAGGCUAAGCUGCGGCUUGAGAUGGAGAUGGAGAGGCAGCGGCAGACACACUCCAAAGAGAUUGAGAGUAAGGAUGAAGAGGUCGAGGAGAUCAGGCGCUCGUGCAGUAAGAAGCUGAAACAGAUGGAGGUACAGCUCGAGGAGGAGUACGAAGACAAGCAGAAAGUCUUGCGUGAAAAAAGAGAGCUGGAGUCCAAACUGUUACAUGCCCAGGACCAGGUCAGCCAAAGGGAUGUGGAGACGGAGAAGAGGUUGAAGAAAGAUCUGAAAAGAACCAAAGUCCUGUUGGCUGAUGCACAGAUUAUGCUGGAUCACUUGAAGAGUAACACCCCCAGCAAGAGGGAGAUCGCCCAGCUCAAAAACCAAUUGGAAGAGUCAGAGUUCACUUGUGCAGCAUCAGUGAAAGCUCGAAAAAGCAUGGAGAUUGAAAUUGAGGACCUGCACAUACAAGUGGAGGAUGUUGUCAAAGCUAAAAUAUCGUUGGAGGAGCAGGUUAGCCGUCUGCAGCGAGAGAAGAAUGACCUGCAGUCCCGUAUGGAGGAGGAUCAGGAGGACAUGAAUGAUCUGAUGAAGAAACAUAAAGCUGCAGUUUCUCAGUCGGCCAGGGAUCUGAACCAGAUCAGUGACCUGCAAGCCCAGCUGGAUGAAUCCACAAAGGAGAAGCAGGAAAUCCAGGAAAAGCUUCACUCACUGCAGACCCAGCUGGAGUUUCAAGAACAAUCCAUGGUGGAAAAGUCUUUAGUGAGCCGUCAAGAGGCCAAAAUCCGUGAGCUGGAGACCAAACUAGAAUAUGAGAGGACGCAGAUUAAACGCUUGGAGAGCUUGGUGGGUCGUCUGAAAGAGAACCUUGAGAAAAUGGCGGAAGAAAGAAACCAGUGCAUUGCUGCUGAGAACAGGGAGAAGGAUCAGAAUAAACGAAUGCAGAGGCAGAUAAGAGACAUUAAAGAAGAAAUGGCAGAACUGUCCAAGAAUGAGGCCGAGGCGAGCCGCAAGAAGCAUGAGCUGGAGAUGGACAUUGAGAGCUUAGAGGCGGCCAAUCAGAGUUUACAGGUGGACCUGAAGUUGGCCUUCAAGAGGAUCGGGGACUUGCAGGCUGCCAUUGAGGACGAGAUUGAAAGUGAUGACAAUGAAGACCUAAUCAACAGUUUGCAAGACAUGGUGACAAAAUAUCAGAAAAGAAAGAACAAAAUUGGGGAUCAAACAGAAACAGAUUCAGAGGUGGAGGACCGCGUGGACGGAGUAAAAUCUUGGCUGUCGAAGAACAAAGGUUCUGUCAAAACUCUUUCAGAUGAGGGAACUAUGAAGAGCACCAGAUAUUCAGCAAAUGCAGAUGUCAAGGAAGUAAAAGAAGGCAAGGAGAAGACAACUGAGGGAGGCAAAGAAGGGAAAGAAAUAGAGCUGAAUAGACCAGUGUCUGCCAUGAGUUCCUUGAGCUACAGGAAACGUUCCAACCUGAAGGACUCCAUAGGGGGGAUAGGUGAUGAAUGCUCCCUGUUUACCACUCUCAAAGAGCAGCCUGACACACCAGACCAUGCCUCUAUUCGAAAGUCCAAGUCAAAAGCUGGAGACAUCCAUGAGGAUUGGAAAAAGAGCCAGAUAAAGGAAGACUUGGAUGACAAAGGCUCUGUCAUCUCUCUUGCAUAUUCCGAGGCCACCAGCAGAGCCAGAAAAAGCUUUGAGUCUCAUUGGACAUCCCGCAGCAGUCCUGAAUUUGAAAAGGACUCUGUGGUGUCCUCUCUGGUUCCCAGUAGGAUGUCCACCAAAAGGGGUAUGUUGGAAAUGGAUGAUGACAAUAAAUCGAUUAUCAGCAGCGCAAGUCGCACCAGCCCUCGAUUGUUGCAUCGUAGCACCUCUUGGAAAGAUGACCGGCGCAGUAGCUCACGCUUGUCUGUUGCACGCAGCUGUGGUCUCAGUGAGCUCGGCCUGCAUGUUGAUGAUGAUGAUGACGAUGAUAACAAUAACGGUCAGCAUGUACCUUGUAGUGAAGCGGGAGGUUCAGCUUAUAGUCCUCGCUCUGUCAGCCAUAGUUUUUCCACUCCAUCUCAGCUGCACUCCACGGACAGCAAUCUGCCAAAUACAUCUGACAACAAAUCUGUCACCCACCGCAACUACCUGGAUCCUGAUUUAGAGGCAGCCAUCAAUGAGGUGCUGAGCUUCAAACCCAUCAAGUUCAAGCGCAGCAAGCUCAAUGAGUCCAGUAGUGCAGAAGAGGAUGAGAAGAAAAGUUCAGGAGGGGAAGGUGGGAGGAAGAAGGUUGAAGAUGUUGAGCUUCGGUGCAGCACUUCCAGUUUGCGUGCCUCAUCGGCUUCUGGUCUGGAUUACAACAUUCAGCCUUCCAGUACCCUGAGCACCAGCAGCUCCCGCAGUCAAAAAGACAAAAGGGAAGUCUCUCCAUCAGACAGCUCAUCCUCAGAUGAUCGCCAUAGUAGAAAGAGCUCAAAGGCUAAGAAGGAUAAGAAAUCGAAGAAAAAAUCAAAGAAGAAACAGAAGGAGUCCUCAUCCUCAUCGUCGUCAGAGUCAUCCUCCUCCUCCUCCUCUGACUCAACCAUCUCCUACCACAGCUCCAGAAGUGUUAAAAGGAGCCCAGCCAAACCGUCUGACGAUGAGAAGGAUCCUGUAGGUCAUGGGCCAGCUAGCAGGAAGGAAUCUAAAAACAACCAGAAGAAGGUGGACAGUUUAGUGAUGAAGUACCUUUACCAACCGGAAAGCGAGUAAAGCCACAAGACAAGGUGAUGCUCGGUGUGAUAAUAAGC